AAAAACAAUCAGCAGCUGUUCUGGAUUCUAGAUGACAAAGUGAAUAAAGAAGGGAAGUGUUGCAGCUUUACUUCCUAACCUUGAGAGAUUAGGUCUGUUUUACUUGAAGAAGCUGCAGUCCUGGAAAGGAUGGGGAUGCUGGUGAGAACUGCUGUGCUUAUGAGCACUCUUCUUUUCUGCAAUGCUCUUCUGGACCUGGCUGGCCUUAAUGAAAUUGAAGGUGUAUGGAAGGGAUCUACCAUCUUGCCAUGUAGCUAUGUGCCUGUGAAAGACUUUGUGCAGCAAACACUUACUUGGGCUGUGGUACAUGACCAAAGUUCAGGCACCAUCUUUCAGAGGGACAGCUCUGGUGAUCACAUUCUACUGUCUGAGUACAGAGAUAGGAUCAGUAUCCCAAAGAAUUCUCCAGGGAACAUGUCUCUUCACAUCUUGAAACUUGAAAUCUCCGAUAGGGGAACCUAUACUUGCCGAGUCACCUGGAAAGCCAACAACAACAGCCUGAUAACAAAACAGAUCACCACGAGAGUUGAGGUGGUUAAAGUUGCAGUGACUAAGCCCAUCAUCAGGGCUGGUGAGCUGGGACUGAUAGUCCCAGCAGGAGCCAGGACCAGCUUGACCUGCGUGGCCAGCGGAUCCCCACCCAUCAGCUACCGCUGGUUCCUCGGAGAGCCGGGAGGAAAAGCUCAGCAUCUGAGCAGUCAGGCUGAACUCACAUUUGAGAGUCUGCAACCCUCCGACUCAGGGAAAUACUACUGUGAAGCAGAGAACAGGGUUGGGAGAGGUGUUCCCCAGCAGAGUGAUGCUGUAGAGCUGAUGGUGAGAGAUCUGCCCAGAACAACAGUGGUUUUUGACAGUGAUGUGGGAACCUCAGAGAGAUACCACACAACCACAGAAAAGAGUCAAACAGAGCUGGUAUUCAGAACUACCUCAGUAAUCCCUCGGACUCCACGAAGCUCUACCACUGUGGCAGAUCUGCCUCUAACAGUAAUGACUUCUGAGACUGAUGUAGGAAAUCCAGGAAAGAAUCAUACAACUAAAGAUUUCCAGAAGACUCACCUGUCCCUGUACCUGAUCAUCCUGAUUGUUGUGGUUUGUGGUGCUGUUGUUUUCUUUAUCAUCUUUAUUCUCCAUUGCAUUAGAAAGCCCAAAAAGGCACAUGCCUAUGAAGUAAAAUUCCGUAACAACUCAAUGAAAGCAGAGGCUUCUUCAAGUUUUGACAGUGCGGGUCAUUAUGAAAAACCCAUCUCCUCUACUGAAAACAACUAUAUGACAGAGCCUGUGAAAAACAACAGAUCUGAAGAAACAAACCUGAAAGAAAACGAAUAUGACCUUUAGAAACACAAAGGAAUCUGAAUGUGAAGUGAGGGACGCUGUAUAAGAACCUACAGUUCUCUAUAGGUAGCAAUCUUGAAGAGCACCUUUAUCCACACAAAACUUAUCUUGCUCUUCAUCUGUUUCUCUAAAAAAUAAGUUUUUGAUCUUCCAUGGCUUGUGGAGCCUUAAAUUUCUGCAGUGAAAAUGUGAUCCUCUUUAGAAACUUUGCUGCUAUAAACUGCUGUACAGGUCUCUUGAUUUUGCUUUUCUUAAUUCCCUUUCACCACCUCUGUAGAAGAGUGGCAUUUGAAAGCUAGGAUCUGCAGAUCCCAGGCUGAAAGCACUAUGGUAGUCUUGCUGCUUUAUAUGGUCAAAAAGAAUUUCAUUCUCUUUAUAAACAACUUGUCUGAUAGGAG